UUUUCCCUCUCGUCUUUUCUUCUGUGAGGUUAAAGGUCACAGGACAGCGAGCCAAGAUGACAACAUUGCGACCGUUUACCUGCGAUGAUUUAUUUAAAUUCAACAACAUCAACCUGGACCCUUUGACAGAGACUUAUGGGAUCCCGUUUUACCUGCAGUACCUGGCUCACUGGCCGGAGUACUUCAUCGUUGCCGAGGCUCCUGGUGGUGAACUCAUGGGCUACAUCAUGGGGAAGGCGGAGGGAUCUGUGGCUCGGGAGGAGUGGCACGGUCACGUCACCGCUCUGUCCGUCGCCCCCGAGUUCAGACGACUGGGACUCGCCGCCAAACUGAUGGAGAUGCUGGAGGAGAUCUCCGAGAGGAAGGGGGGAUUCUUUGUGGAUCUCUUUGUGCGCGUCUCAAACCAGGUGGCGGUGAACAUGUACAAACGCCUGGGCUACAGCGUCUACAGGACGGUCAUCGAGUAUUACUCGGCCAGCAACGGAGAACCGGACGAAGACGCUUAUGAUAUGAGGAAAGCUUUGUCCAGAGACACGGAGAAGAAGUCGAUCAUCCCGCUGCCGCAUCCUGUCAGACCAGAAGACAUCGAAUAACAGUAGACGGUGGCUCUCUCCGCACGCCCGAUAAUCACACGUGGAUCAUUAAAUCACAGCGUCCUGCUCGGUUUACUUUGUACAUAUAUUUCUUGACCGUUACUCUACGCCUCAUCGUCAGAGAGCCACUGAUUGUACACAUUUAAAUCCAUGAACAUGAUCGGUUCAAUAAACUUUGCAGAAUAAAAGACGACAA